GAGGAUGUCCCAGGAACCUAGGACAUAUUUUCUUUUCCUGUUCCUUUUUCUGAGCCAUGGCGUGGCAAGUCAUAGAGUUCCAGAUUCCAGGCAGGAUUUGCAUCCACUGUUGCAAAAAAUGGCGGAAGAAAUAAUAGAUGGAAGCUAUCUGAAUGCAUUACUGGAUCUCAUACAGUUUCAAAGCUCCCAUGGGUGGACGGCAGACCUGUCUCACAGAAUCCUGGCCUAUCUGAAUUCACGGAAUGUCGCCUUCACCAUCCCCAGCCUGCAGGCAGCCGUGGAACACCACCUGGAGCAGCGUCUGUACCAGCCCCAGAAGCUGCUGGAGGACCUGAGGGAAACAGAUGCUCAGCAAUUCUGCACCGCCAUGAAAUGCCUCUUAGAAGACAAGAAGGACCUCUUGGAGCUGGAAGACAUUGUUAUUGACUUGGGAGAGAUCCGGAAACAAGCCUUGCAGAGCCCUGGUGUGAACCGCAGCCUGUUUCUCAUCACCCUGGAGAGGUGUUUCCAGGUGCUGAACUCGCUGGAGUGUGUGGAGAUCCUGGGCAGGGUGCUGAGGGGCUCCUCAGGCAGCCUUCUGCAGCUGGACAUCGCAGAGAAGCUCCCCCGGGACCUGCGUGAGGACGCUUUCAAGAACCUAUCUGCGGUGUUCAAAGAUCUCUACGACCAAACCUCGGCUCAUUCCCAGAGAGCUCUCUACUCCUGGAUGACUGGGAUUUUGCAGACGUCCUCCAAGGCUACUGAUGACUCUGUUUCAUGGGUCAGUGCAGAAAACUUAUGGAUUUUGGGAAGAUACAUGGUUCACCUAUCAUUUGAAGAAAUUGUGAAAAUUAGUCCUUUAGAAAUUGGGCUGUUUAUCAGCUAUGACAAUGCCACCAAGCUGCUGGACACGGUUUAUGACAUCACACCCGAACUGGCCCAGGCGUUCCUGGAGAGGAUCAGCUCCUCCAGCUUUGACGUGAGGAAUACCUCCACCAUCCACAGGCUGGGGCUGCUGGUCUGUUUCUACGAUGACCUGGAUUUGCUGGAUGCCGCAGUGGCCCAAGUCCUCCUCCACCAGAUGAUCAAGUGCAGCCACCUGAGGGGCUUUCAGGCUGGGGUUCAGCAGAUGUGGAAGCUGAGCCGCUGGGAAGGAAACCUGCAGAAUUUGGAGACCCCAGAGGCUGUGACAGCUUUCUUUCAUUUCACUCUGCUGCCCCCCAGUGGCCAUUUCAGUAUUGCCUGGUACACUGGUGUGCACAUUUCUGAUAGGAAUACACUGUUCCUACAACUUCAGCUCAAAGCCCACCUCCUGGACAUCGCCAUGGAAAACCAGACCCUCAAUGAGACUCUGGGCUCUUUGUCGGAUGCGGUUGUGGGCUUGACCCACAGUCAGCUGGAAUCCCUCUCCCCCGAGGCUGUGCAUGGUGCCAUGUCUACCCUCAACCAGGUCUCAGGCUGGACCAAGAGCCAGGUCAUCAUCUUGUCUGCCAAAUACUUGGCCCAUGAGAAGGUGCCGUCUUUCUACAAUGUCAGCCAGAUGGGCGUGCUGCUGGCCGGGAUUGGCACCCAGGCCUUCUAUGGCAUGGAUUGCAGGGACCUCUUGCAGGUCCUGAGAAGCACGGUCUCUUUGCAUGUGUCCGACUUGUCACCUGCCCAGAAGCAAGGUGUCCUCAGCAAGAUGAUUGAAGCAGGAGAUACUACCUCAGGCCUUGUGGAAAUACAAGGGGCUUUCUUUAAGGAGGUGUCUCUUUUCGAUUUACGGAGGGAACCCGGAUUUAACACUACAGUCCUAAAGGAAAAGGAGCUUCGAAGGAGUCAGGCCUUGUUCCUGUAUGAGCUUCUGUCAAAGUCGACCAGAAGGCCCGAGGAGCUCCUGAGCCCUGCUCCUGGGUCCCUUGUUCUGUUUUCCAGCACAGGGCAGCUGGUCAAAGGCGUGACAUGCUCCCACAUUGAUGCCAUGAGUGCGGACUCCUUUCUGACCCAUUUCCACUAUUUUGAGAACAACCUCUCCCUGCUCUCACCCUAUCAGGUUAAUUGUUUGGCGUGGAAAUACUGGGAGGUCUCCAGAUCCUCUAUGCCACCUUUCCUCUUGACUGCACUCCCGGCUCGCUACCUGGCUUCUGUCCCAGCUUCCCAGUGUGUACCGUUUCUGAUCAGCCUGGGGAAGAGUCAGUUGGACUCCUUGGUUUUAGAUUCCCACAAAAAGAAUUCAGUCCUUAGGAAGGUACAGCAGUGCCUGGACAACUUCAUUGCUGAUGAGUACGCGGUAGACAUCGUGGGCAAACUGCUCUGCCACUUGCCGGCAGCCGUCCUCCACCGUGGGGUCUCCACUCCGGCCUGGGCCACAGCCCUGCACGGGCUCAGAGACUGCCCAGACCUUAGCCCCGAGCAGAAGGCUGCGGUGAGGCUCAGGCUCCUGGAACAGUACGGACUUCCCCAGAACUGGACGGCCGAGACGACAAAGGACUUGGGACCCUUUCUAGUACUUUUUUCAGCAGAUGAAUUAAGCUCUGUUGCCACAAAGUUUCCAGAUAUCCUUCAGCAGACAGCUUCCAAGAUAGCCGGGACCGUGCCCCCUCAAGAAUUCCUCUGGGUUGUCUUUGACUCUGUUCGGAACAACAGUGAGAAGAGCCCCAGCUCUGCCCCCAGCCCCGGUUGCCAUGGAGUCAUAGCUCCUUCUUCUGGUGACAUCUUCAAGUUGGCGGAAGCCAAUGCCUGCUGGGCCCCCCAGGACCUGCUCUGCAUGGAGGAACAGACGUUCAUCAGGAGCGUGGAGCUUCUGGGGGCCGUCAGGGGUUUCAGCCUGCCUCAGCUGAUGACCCUAAAGGAGAAGGCAUUACAGGUUUGGGACAUGCCUUCUUACUGGAAAGAAUACCAUAUCAUCUCCCUGGGGCGCAUUGCUCUGGCUCUUAAUGAGUGUGAGCUGCAGCAGCUGGAUCUCAGCUCCAUUGAUACCGUGGCUUCCCUAAGCCGGCAGACCGAAUGGACCCUGGGACAGGCUAAAUCUAUUCUGCAAGGGUUCCUGGAGGAUUCAGGCUACAGUAUCCAGGAUCUGAAGAGCUUCCACUUAGUAGGACUUGGUACAGCCCUGUGUACUAUGAACGUCACCGAAAUCUCACUCAUAAAGAUCUCAGAAUUCAGGGUGGUGGUGGCCAGAAUCGGGACCCUGCUCUGUAGCACCCAUGUCUUGGCCGAGUUUAAGAGGAAGGCAGAAGUUGUAUUUGGGCAUCCCACCAAAUGGUCCAGCUCUGUCCUGCAGGAACUUGGGACUAUUGCAGCUGGAUUAACGAAGGAAGAGCUACAAAUGCUGGACAAGGAUUUGAUGCCGUAUUUCCAGCCAUCAGCAAUCAAAUGCCUUCCUGAUGAGAUAUUCAAAGAGCUGUCCAUGGAGCAGAUCGCCUCGUUGGGCCCCGAGAACGCCGCGGCGGUGACCCCAGCUCAGCGCCGGCAGCUCAGCAUGUUGCAGCUGCAGAGCCUCCAGCGGGCGCUAGAUGGCGCCAACACUCGCUCCUGGCUGGACACGCCCCCAAGCGCCAGUCCCACCUGGACCCCCUCCUCUGGUUCUCCUCCUGGAGGCCCUGUCACCUGGGGUCCUUGGCUUGGCUGUCCUCUGCUGGUUCUCCUGCACAAGACCAUGUGGUGAGCGGCGCGUGCACAUGGCCCUUCAGUGCCCAAGCAGUGGGCCCCGGCGUGUGGAAACAGAGGCACUGCAGACUGUGAGACCCCCUACCCCCACCCACAGCCUCCACUGGGGCAGGGAGUCCCCAGGACCUGGAAAUUUAAAAGGCACUGAAAGGAAGAAUAAUUAUUAAAAAUGAUCCUAAAAAGUUCUUAAGCUGGCCUGUAUCCUCAGCAGAGAGCCAUUCUCUGCCCUGUUUCAGCCUCUCUUGCUUUCUAGCUUGGGGACAGAGAAACUGUGGGGAGGGAAGGGUGUUUUCUGUCAACAGCAUGAGGACAAUAUGUACAAGUCACUGCCCUCCCUCCAGAGAGAGAUGUCAGGGGGUGGCAGGUGUUGGCAAAGGCACCAUUUUAGCCGGGGUCUGAUCUGGCUUCUUCUCUGGCUUAACGUCCCUCCCUUGGAGCUAUAGGCUGCAUUGGAUUUCUCCUUCUUAGAUAUUUAGUAGAGCUGAAAUAAAUGAAUCCCUCAACAGAAGCCAAUAUUCCUGCCUGAUUGCUGGGUCUAAUUGAUGUUCGGUGGGUCUUGCAUUGCCUGGAAAUUAAAACAUUUAACACGGCUCAACAUUAAAUCAAUUUUUAAAUACAUUUUCCAGAUGCCUUCCAUUUCUUGGGAGUCAGCUGAAUGAAUGGUCGUGGAGUUAUCAGUUAAGCUUUCAAAAAAUUCCUUUUUUGACGAAAUUGGUGGCUCUUCUGGGUUUAAGUUGUUCUGGGCUUUGGGGAUGUGUUGAAAUAAAAGAAAAUACACAUUGUAA